AUGGCUUCAACGCUCUCGACGCCGACGCGCCACCUCCGCACUCGAAGUCCGCUUCCAGAGGACGCAGAGAACCGUCAUCCCACGGCGAUUGCCAACCAUCGUAUUGUCGUCACGGUUCAUGCGAGUCUACUCCUGCAUGUAGCUCCUGUCUGUGUGUACCUGUACGGAGUAUGCUCGUGUUUGUUCGUGUUGCUGUUGGUGCUUGUGUUUGAUGUGUUCGCAUGGUCAAACAUGGACGCAGCUAUCUCCGGUCACGUGUAUAUCCACAUCGGGUUUCCCCGUGACCUGCCGCUUUGUGCAUCUUUGACGUCGUGGAAAUCCGAAGGGCAGAGAGAGCGCCAGAGGACCUGCAUCGGAAAGGUGCCGCUCGUGGAAAUGGAGGCUGGACCUCUUAGUUUCGUGGUGCUGGUGAAGAAUGGUAGUUCUCUCUCCUUGGAAAAGAAGACGAACAUCGCCAUAGAAUUUGGUUAUAAUGACACCGCUUUCUUACAUGAGCCAUUCUACGAAGAGAAGAUUGGCAAGAAUGUUCGGAAAUUGGAACUCUUCGGCGCCACAAAGGCACACAAGCCUUUGGCUUUCGAUGCCAUUCUCGGCGUCGCGUUAUACAUAUUUCAGAAGAACCCUCUGAACUCGGCAACGCCGGUACCUGGCCCGCGUGGGGGAACGGAAACAGAUAAAUCGGCGUCGGCUGCCUUCCUGGAGUGUUUUAUCCAGUAUAAGGAUCUGAUAUUUCGCGCCGAAUAUGACCCCGCGCGUCAGGUUGGCGUUCUUCUGAUGCCGCACAACGUCCACGUCCACGGUCGGGAAACGAAGAAGGAUGAGAUACUCGCCGUCCAGCCCGGGCUGUCCAAGGACGAGGAAGUGAAGAAGAUGAACGCGUCGUAUCCGAUAAUGUCGAUCGCCACAGGAGUGACUUACACCUUGGUAGACUUCACCAACAGUCCCAAUCUCGUAAACCUUCUCGAAGCAGGCGAACCGCCGACCCCCGAACUCGAUACAAGCUGGAAGGAGAGAGCUGUGGACGAAUCGAUCAUCCAUCGCCACUAUGGGGCAGUUUACUUCGUUCAAGACGAAGCCGAUUUCACCGAGGAACCCUAUAUCACGAGUCUGCAUGUACGGGUGAUCCAGGACGGCGUUGAACAGACUGCGACUGCCGGUGCCUGUUCCAUUCUUGCCGCAUACUUGGCACUGCAGAAAGGGGGGAAUAACUCUAGCCAUGCAUUUGCUAUUAAGCAAACCACUACAACGGGUCGAUCGAGCCAGCUGUGCCUACAGAUUGGUCUCGAUGAGAAUGGAACAAGCGUUAAACGCAUCGUUCUCUCCGGGCGUUGUACCUUCAUCAGUCAAGGUACAUUGCUAUGA